AUGGAUAGCGGAUUUCCUACUCCAUCCGGGAAGAGUCAACUGUUGACAGUGGACUAUCAAGCCCUUCUGAGGUUUCAUUUGUCCUUGACCUGGGCACACUCCCUGCCGUCUCCCUGCACCAUUCGAGGGAUUGCCCUGUCUUCCAGAAAACGCCAACGCCACGUUUUUGUUCGACCCUUUGACCACAGGAAACCAUUUAUUCAAUCUUUCUCGUCAAAAAUCCGUGGCCUGGCAGGCAGGUCCGAAUUUGAGUCUCCCUGUCUCGACUUGGGAAACCUGUUGGUAGAACCAUCUAUUCUUCAAUCCUGUCCAACUCCCUGGUUCUGUCCUACCCAGCGGGAUAUUCAAUUCGUCCGUUUUUCCUGCAGCAAGCACAUUCUUCAUCAUAUUCUUCAGCUUCUCGCAUCUACUACCUCCAAAAGCUUCUUGUCUGAUAUCAGCUAUCGAAGACAGUUGGGAAGCUCGGGUGGCUGUUUCCUUACACUCUCGGGCAAGAACAAUAGCAAAAUGGCUGAAUCCGAGAAGCAAGUCGAGUCUCCUUUGGCAUCGCCAAAGGACAAGAUGAAGGAGGUUGGCGCUACCGUUACAACAACCGAGUCGCCAGAUUCGCCAGGUAUAGACCCGAUGAUAAACUCGUCGGGUCACAAGCAACAGCUUGAUCGCAACUUUAGCCUGAUCAGUAUGUGCGCUAUUGGCGUUACAGCAGGAAACACUUGGAUUGCAAUGGGUGGCAGUGUUACAACGGCCAUCUUCAACGGCGGACCUCCCGGAGUUAUCUAUGAGUAUAUUGUUGUCUCCUUUUUCUACUGGUUUAUCUCGGCCUCAAUUGCUGAACUGGCUUCUGCUAUUCCCUCUGCUGCUGGCGUGUACCACUGGGCCUCAGCCACCGCCGGCCGCUAUGGCCGCCCCGUGGGUUGGUUUGCGGGAUACUGGAAUGCAUUGGCAUGGCUAUUUGGUGCAGCCUCCAUAUCAUCCAUUCUUGGAAACCAAGUCAUGUCCAUGUACUUGAUAUUCCACCCAGACCAUACACCUCAGGCAUGGCAGGUCUUUGUCUGCUACUUGAUUUGCACCUGGAUGUGUUGCCUCACAGUGCUCUUCGCUAACAAGGCUCUGCCAAUUAUCUCAAAUAUUGGCAUGUUCCUUAUUCUAGCGGGUGUCUUUGUUACUAUUAUAGUAUGCGCCAUUAUGCCACACUAUAACGGUAAAGGUUUCGCGACAAGCGACUUUGUCUGGAGGGACUGGUCCAAUACUACCGGGUACAAAAGUGAUGGCCUAGUAUUUUUGCUUGGAAUGCUCAAUGGCGCAUACAGUGUAGGAACCAGUGAUUUAACCUCCCAUAUGGCCGAGGAGAUCCCUAACCCAAGCAAGAACAUCCCGCGUGCAAUCAUGGCGCAGACUGUCACAGGCUUUAUCACUGCCGUUCCAUACAUGAUUGCUCUUUUCUAUUCUAUCAAUGAUCUAGAAGCCGUACUCGGAACCUUCACCACGUUCCCCUUGGCAACUAUUUACCACCAGGCCACCGGAACCAGGGCUGGAGCUUUUGGGCUGCUCAUUAUUGCGUUUCUACCUACCUUUAUCACCUGUAUAGGAUGCUAUAUCACAGCCGGCCGUGUCCUCUGGACCCUAGCCCGUGACAACGCUACUCCUUUCUCCAACUUCAUCGCCCGGGUACAUCCAACCUACCACAAUCCGUUCAAUGCAACUACUGUCUGCGUCGCCGUUGUCACUGUACUUGGAUGCAUCUAUGUCGGCUCAACUACCGCUUUCAACGCUUUCGUCGGAUGUUAUGUGCAGUUGUCCACCCUUUCAUACCUCGCAGCAAUCCUACCUCACCUCCUCCGAGGUCGCAAAGGCAUCACCCCAGGCCCCUUCUUUAUGAAAGGAUGGGUUGGCUAUGUGGUAAAUACCAUUAGCUGCCUGUAUAUUGUCACUUUUGUUAUUAUCUUCUGCUUCCCAUUCAGCAUGCCCACGUCGGCUGCUACAAUGAACUACGCAUCCCUGAUGACCGGUGGAGUGACCAUUUUCGUCGUCAUCUGGUACCUCAUCCGCCAGAAGAGUUAUGUCGGGCCGCACGUCAUAUCAAUCCACGACGUGAAACUCGAUCGCAUGGAGUAA